UGUUCCUAUCAGUAUUUAUCAUUUUCUUUGUAGAUAAUGGAAUUUAACCCGUUAUAUUUGAAAUACUUGUUCCUUGCACAAUGCUUCUGUGUUUCUCUUGGAUUAAUUGAGGGUGGCGCAAAAUUUACCAGGAAGAAUCAACCAGUCACUUUUGAAUGUCCUUUUGAAAAGCAAAACUUUGAACAUUGGAAAAUUGAUGGAACAGUCAUUAACAGAAUUUAUCAUACUUCAAGCAUUAAAGCAAAUGUGUUUCCUAACAAUGUCAGCAUCAUAAACAUCACACUUCUUCAAAAUAUUGAGCAAACAAUUGUUUGUGAAAACACCACUGGUGAGAAGACAAGAUUUUAUGCAAGACCAUUAUUCACCCUGUCAACCUGAUUGUUCCACCACCAUAUCACCUUUGAUCUGGCAAAAGCUUUGCUCCAACCACAAAUCAUCAUCAUCAUCAUCAUCAUUUCACAUCUGGGUUGGAUAUUUGACAGGCUGGCUUGGCAGAAGAUUGCAUCAGGUUUCACUACCUGUUUUGGCAGGGGUUUUAUGACUGGAUGCCCUUGCUAACACCAACCAACUUAUAGAGUGAACUGAAUGAUUGGAGAAACGAAAGAAAGAGGCACUCAAUGCAUUUGACUAGGAAU